AUGGCGCACAAUGGAACUACGUUUAAGCUCAAUACUGGAGCUCAGAUCCCAGCUAUUGGGUUUGGUACCUGGCAGGACAAGGAUGCUCAAGAACCAGCAGUCACAAUCGCUUUGAAAGCUGGCUACCGCCAUAUCGACACAGCGCGCAUCUAUGGCACCGAGGCCGCCGUCGGCAAUGCAAUCAAGAAAGCUGGUGUUCCUCGGGAGGAGCUCUUCAUCACCACAAAGCUCUGGAAUAACUCGCACCACCCCGAUGACGUCGAGAAGGCCGUCGAGGCAUCUCUCAAAGACCUCGGCAUUUCUGAACUUGACCUUCUUUUGAUGCACUGGCCGAGUCCCUUCGCACGAGGCGACGAGAUGUUCCCCAAAGAUGGCGAUGGCAAGGUCAAGACGGGCGACACCGACUACGUCGACACAUACAAGGCGAUGGAGGCGUGUGUAGCUUCAGGCAAGACUAAGGCGAUCGGUGUUUCGAACUUCAGCAAAGCGGAAUUGGAGCGCCUGAUCAAGGAGACUAACAUUGUACCAGCUGUACAUCAGAUUGAGAUGCACCCGUAUCUCCAGCAGCAUUCGUUCGCAGACUUCCACAAGCAGAAGGGCAUCCACGUAACCCAUUACUCGCCAUUCGGCAACCAGAACGAAAUCUACGACUCAGGAAAGGGCAUGGGUAAGCUGAUGGACGACCCAGUCCUGGUCGAGAUCGGUAAGAAGCACGGAAAGACCGGAGCGCACGUUGCGCUGGCAUGGGGAAUCGCAAAGGGACACUCCGUCAUUCCCAAAUCUAAGACCGAGAGCCGUAUUAAGUCGAAUCUCGAGGGUGACUUUAAGCUGCCGCAAGAGGAUGUAGCGAAGAUCGACGCAAUUGACAAGAAGUUGCGCUUCAACGACCCGUCCAAGUCGUUCGGAUGGAACUUCUAUGCCGACUUGGAUGGCAAGAAGAACUAGGUGUCGAGCGUUGUUUGGACGCACAAGGUAUUGCUAGACAAGCGCAUUCCUAGGGUCGUAACAUUAGGACGGAUGGAAUAUCGCUGGAAAUGAUACCUGUAAUAACUCGAGUUCGUAGCAGCUUCAAUGGUAUUCCUAAUGCGAUAUCUAG